AUGAGAACAAGAAGAGGCUCUUGUUAUCUAGAACCUGAAACAGUCAUGUGUUCCUUUGGGAAAAGAAAGAAGGACAUGCAUAUUUCCAAGGAAACUAUUUUUUGUGGAAAGAGACCGAAGAAAUGUUUGGAGAAAACUUGUUCGGAAUAUGAUUUCUUUGAGGCUUUGCCAGAUGAUAUUGUUAUUUCUAUCUUCUGCAGGCUUAGUUCUACCGCCACUUCACCUUCCGAUUUUGUAACCGUUUUAUCAACGUGUAAAAGAUUCCAAAGAUUAGCACUUCAUUCUCUUGUGUUAUCAAAAGCUUCUCCAAGAACUUUCUGCAUCAGAGCGAAAAACUGGUGCGAAUCGGCACAGAGAUUUCUUAAACAGUGUGCUGAGGCAGGGAAUGUUGAAGCCUGUUAUACUUUGGGAAUGAUUCGGUUUUACUGUUUGCAAAACAGAGGGAGCGGUGCUUCGCUUAUGGCGAAAGCUGCGAUGAACUCUCACGCGCGUGCACUUUACUCGCUUGCGGUUAUACAGUUUAACGGCAGCGGCGGUACCAAAAGUGAUAAGGACCUCCGUGCCGGCGUUGCUUUAUGUGCCAGAGCCGCUUUCCUCGGCCAUAUCGACGCGCUCCGUGAGCUUGGACACUGUUUACAAGACGGUUACGGUGUGAAACAGAAUAUCUCCGAGGGGAGGCGGUUUCUUAUUCAGGCCAACGCACGUGAACUCGCCGGCGUUUUGUCAACCGACACCGCCGCGCGUCAGUUAGUUAAUGCCAAUCUUCAAUCUCAGCUACGAAACGUUGCGGUGUCUGGAUGUCCACUUUUGAGCGAUUUUGGAUGUAAUGUUCCGGCGCCGGAGCCGCAUCCGUCGAGUCGGUUUAUGACGGAGUGGUUUGCCGCUCGCGGAGGAUCGAAUGGUUCGGGUUUGAGGCUCUGUUCACAUGCUAGUUGUGGGAGGCCGGAGACGCGGAAGCACGAGUUUCGAAGGUGUUCGGUUUGUGGUGCGGUGAAUUAUUGCUCGCGUGCGUGUCAAGCGCUUGAUUGGAAGUUCCGUCAUAAGGCGGAGUGUGCUCCGGUGGAGCGGUGGCUUGAUGAGGAUGGUGAUGACGACGGCGAAGAUGACGGCGACCGUGAGGUAAUGGUUAUGGAGGAUAGUUAA